AUGAAUACCAGCAACACGACGGUCCAAAUAACAGAAUUUAUAAUCCUUGGCUUCCCAGGACUCAACCCUAAAUAUGAUGGCCUGGUGGCAGCCUUCCUCUUUGUCCUGUACUUGAUCAUUAUCGGAGGAAAUCUCUUAAUUUUGGUGUUUGUGUGCUGUGAGAGGAGUCUCCACAAGCCCACCUAUUUAAUCUUCUGCCAUCUGGCCAUGAACGACCUGUUGUUUGGAACGGUGACGCUCCCCAAGAUGAUAUCCAGAUAUUGGCUGGAUGACAGAAUCAUACCAUUUAGCGCCUGCUUCACUCAGAUGUACUUUGUCCACUCUUUAGGAGCCAUCCACUCCAUCAUUCUGCUGAUCAUGGCCCUCGAUCGCUUCAUCGCAAUCUGCGUCCCGCUGCGCUACCCCGCCCUGAUUACCACCAAGAAUAUUUCCAUUGUGUGUUUGUUGUCUUGGGCCCUCACAUUUCUUAGAAUGUCAGGAGUUAUGACCCAAGCGCUCAACUUUUCGUACUGCGCUUCAAAUGUCAUCAUUCAGUGCUAUUGUGACUUCAUAUCCAUCAGCAGCCUCGGCUGUGGAAAGGAGGAGGUGAAGUUUGCCAUGUCUGUAGCCGUGGGCAAUGCCAUGUUCAGUCUGUUGCUUCCCCUGGCGUUCAUUAUUUUUUCAUACUUUUCUAUUAUCAUUGUGGCAGUUUUGAAACUGGCCAGAACGAGGGAAGGGCGCUACAAAGCCCUAUCCACGUGCACGCCACAGAUCUUCAUAACCUGUCUGUAUUACCUGCCCCGCUGUUUUGUCUAUAUCUCAAGUUUGGUAGGGUUUUCAUUCGGUAUCAAUUUCAAGAUUUCCCUGGUAUUGUUGUACAGUCUCGGUCCGGCUGCUGUAAAUCCGAUCAUUUAUUGUUUAAAGACGAAGGAUAUUAAGGAUAAUAUGAUAAAGAGGUUGAAAAACACAAGAAUUGGUGUGAGGGUUGAAAAUCCAAGCCAAAAAUAA